CACAAACAUCAAUGACGUAUUACUCACUUCCGGGUUCAUUAAUGAAAAAUAUAUGUAUCAUUUUUGCAAUUUUCUUCAUAACUAGUGAUUGCUGUUUGUUAAAGUGCCUGCAAACAUGAUUUGACAAGUACAUCAAGGUUGAUCCUACCAAGCAUUGUGUUUUGUUGAAGCUAAUCAUAGACAAGUGCAAAGAUGGCCAGGGAACCUGUUGUCCUUAACAUCUAUGACAUGUACUGGAUAAAUGAGUACACGUCUCAUGUAGGAGUCGGUGUCUAUCAUUCAGGGUUGUGUAUAUAUGGAACAGAGUACGCCUAUGGUGGCCAUCCAUUCCCAGUAUCAGGAGUGUUUGAGAUCCUGCCCAAAGAUGCUGAAGAUCUUGGUGAACAAUUCAAGUUUAAGGAAUCAAUAAUUUUGGGCUCAACUGACUUUACCAUGGAUGAAGUGACCAAGAUCGUUGAAGAACUGGGCAAACAGUUCAAGGGAGACCAGUAUCAUCUCCUCAACAAGAACUGCAACCAUUUCUCCGCUGAACUCUCCAAGGUCCUGUGCGGCAAGGAGCCACCUAGCUGGAUAAACAGACUUGCGUACAUGAGCUCAUGUAUCCCGUUUCUCGAGCGAGCCCUUCCCAAGGAGUGGCUCACCCCUGUCCCCCUCCAAUCAGUAAUUGACCCAGCUUCUGAGGCUCGGGUCGAAGCAGAUGUCCAUUUAGUGCAAAAUGGAAGAAAUCACCAGGCGCCGACAUAUUCACCACGAUUAUUUCGAGAGACGAGCCCCUACGGAAGCCCAUCUCAAGGACAUUUGGGGCGAGACCCUGGAGGGAGAUAGUGAUCUAUGUUUUUCAAGAUCUGUGGUGUUAGUAGCUAGUAUGGGAUAUUUGGACCAGUACUCUAUAUGAUUAGCUUGUCUGUUUUGGGGAGACAAAAGUCGAGGUAAUGGGAUAGCCUUGGUGUCGUUGUGGCACAAAAACUUUUAACCUUGGGCAUAACUCAAAAUAUUGAGAUAUUCGAUGAAACUUGGUACAUGUGUUGGUAGAGACAUAAUGCACAUGUAAAGCAAGGCCCAUAACUCUGGCUUCAAUAGAAGUCAAGUUAUGUCCCUUUGUUGGCUGGAAAAAAAAUGACAAAUUGCGGCACUCUUGUUUUUUAUACCAAAAGAUUGAAUCUCUUUUUCCCUGUUAUAAGAAUAUAACUUUAAUGAUAAGGCAAAAGUUGGAUAUUGAAAAGAUUCAUAGUAAUCUGGGCCCUAAAAUUUUGAUAAAAGCUAUUGGAAACUUACCGUUAUCUUUUCAAAUAUGUGCCUGGAUCAAUUAAGAAUAAGAUAUGCACUUGUUUAUAAAGGUAUUAAAAUCACCAUGAUUUCACAACAGUCAAAGGUUUACUGCCUCUGGUAAUGAAUCAAGAAGGCUAUUUGUGCUUAUGUUUGUAAUUGUACUUGACUCAAGUUGUAUUUGAAUUGAGUUGCUCACAGGUUUCAGGAAGUAUUAUUAGGCAUGGUAAAAACAUUUGUUUGUUUUGGGUAGCAUUCUCUCAUUACUAAGCAGGAUAUUAUGCCCCUGAAAGAGGACUUAUUAAAAUGGCAGCAUAUUAAAAUGGCACUGUCCGUCUGCUUUUUCGUGUCCAGGCUGUAACUUGUCAUGCAGGGAAGGAUUUUUAAAGUUACCUGGCACAUGUGUUCAGUACAUAAAGACGACGUGUCACAUGCAAGACCUAAGUCCCUACUUCAGAGGUCAAGGUCACAUGUACAGGUUUAUCAUUAUGGAAUGCAGCUUAUAAACAUAAUUAUGCAGUAUAGUUGGUCCUGUCCAACUUUGUCACAAAGGGAUUUUGAAAUAAAUCGGCACAAGACAUUUCAGGUGCAAAACCCAUUUUUAUUACUGCUUAAUUCAUCACUCCACCACACUUGAUGUCAACCAUCAUUGGGGUCGGCUUUUGCUUAUUAAAGUUUAUGAUAGCUCUUCCUGAAAGUAGGCAUACUAGUUAUUGCAUAAUUCUUUGAACCGGAUGCCACUUCAGGGGCAUUCAUCACUUACUGUGACAGCUCUUGUUCUUAAUAUUUAUAUAUUUUGGUAAAUGUAGUUUUGCAUUGCCUACAGGUUUGAUAUUUCAUUUCUUUAAUGUAACUCACCAUGUUUGAAUCAAAUGAUGUCUGAUUCUGAAAGCCCAAUCUUGAUUUGACAGUGGAAUUUCAACAGCCAAUCAAAUAAGGCCUUACAAAAGAUCAUCUUGAUCGAUCAAUAUCGACUGGGUGCUUUUGAUUUUAUUGAACAUAGAAAACUUCCAUUUAGGCUUACUCCUCUUUGAAACUCUUAGUUUGCUUACAAAUAAAUUUAUAACCUUAGAAAUAGAAAAAUAUGAAGGGUCAGGUCAUCCGAAACAAACAAAGUUUUUUUCUAUGCCUUACUAUAAGAUGCAAGUUUGCAAGUUAUUAGAUUAUAUAAAGCUUGCAUUUGUGGAAUUUUAGAUUUACCUGAUUAGAAUAUUGUAUGUGUUUAAAGCCACUCUUUCGGCUUUUGUCGAGUAUAUUUGUUUAUUUUUUUUUUAAUUACAAAAAAUACUGGUUGCAUGCAACUAAUUAACCACUACCUAAUAGCAAAAAGUUAUCACUUAAGAUAAACCAUCCAUCAUUAAUACAAAAAUUGCUACUGGUUUAAGUUUCAUUUAAAAGUUACAAAAUGUUCACUGUGUGAAUAUUUUUAAAUGAUUUCUUUUCAUUGAGAGCCAUUUUUUUAUAUAGACCUUAGGGCUAUUCCAUUUAAACAUGUAACCCCCGGGGGAAGGCACUUUUAAUUUAUACCACCCCACAACAGAAGCAGAUUUUGGGUCCAAAUUAGCAAAAAAAAGACACCCACCAAUAUACUAUUUAAAAUGUCUUUCCCCUGUGGGUUAUAUUUUUUUUACUAGAAUAGCUCUUAUGUUAUUUAGAAAUGUAUAUUUUCGUUUGUUUUAUUAUCUCCCUUUAAUAUAUCUUAUCAUGAUAGUAGCAUCAUAAUGGUGUUUUUCAAAAUUGUAAACCAUGCAAAAAUAAUAUAAUGGUAUAUCAAUAUAAAUUAAUUAAGCAUAUUAAUUAUUUUUUACCACUGGUCUUGUCCCUGUAGAUUUCAUUGUAAUAAUGUUAUGUUCCUCAGCAGGUAGUACACUUUUUACCUAAUGAUGGAUGGCUUGCCUUAAUAUCUAAAAUGCAUUAACACAUAUUUUCAUCCUUAUGAUGGAUGGCUUAACUUUACCUGUAAAACAUAAACAGAAUCAUUUGAAUGUUGUCAACUUUUGCAGCAAUAUAAUCUUAAAUUCAGUAAAAUGUGUUAAAAAUAACACUAUCAAUUUCUCAGUUGCCCAGUGGUAAAAACCUUGACUAACAAUCCAGAGGUUCCUGCUGCUGUUCUUUACUUAUUUAAUUCUUUCUUUUUUUCUAUUUUCUUUGUUAUUUUAAGAAUUUUAAAAUUUCUUAAAUUUUAUACUUUUGUACAUGUAUUUCAAAGUUUUCGAAAAUAUUUUUUGUUUGGCUAACUUCAAAACCACAGCUAAAGGGUCUUUUUAAAGGCUGUAUUUGGUAAAUUAAUUUUGAUAUGUGAUAGUGCUACAUGUAUACAGAAAUUGAAAAUUUCUGUUACGUUAAAUUGACUAAAAUUAUUGGAAUUAUUUUGCCGUUAUCUGCAUUAUAAUCAUAUAUGCAUAAUACGUAUGUCAUGUUUUUGUAAUAAAAAAUGGGUUCACUAAACUGACUAAAAAUAAUGGAGCAGAUAAUCUGCAUUUUAAUCAUAAAAAUGCAUAUAAUGUAUCUCAUGUUUUCUGUAAAUAUACAUGAAUUCAUUGUAUAAAAAAAGAUGCAUAAAGAGACUGAUAUUAUUUCAUUGUGCAUUUUGAAAAAGAACCUAAUUUUGUAUGACUAUUGUAUGUUUUAAAUAUUUUUUAUUGGUUUGAUAUGUCAAUAUUAUGUAAGAAACCAAAGAUCCAUCAACUAUUAUCAUUUAAUCGCCUUUUCAAAUCAAUAUUACCUCGUAGUAAUUAUAUUGAUUUUAAAGAAAUUACUGGCUUUGUCAGCUUAGACAUUAGUUUUCCUUUCCAAACAAAGUGGAAAAAAGUGUUUAAUUUAAGUUGUGAAUAGUUCAGAACUUCGUUUUAGCAGAACUUUAUUUAAGUUAACAAUGUUUUUAACAUCAUCGUUGUAAACUUUCAUUUCUCUACUACUAUUGCACUUUCAUAGACACAUUUCUUAUCUGCAAUAUUUCUAGCAUGGCUGGAGAGAACUUUUAGCUGUACCUGUCAUAAAUAUCAUAAAUUCAUCAUUUUAAGUUAACAACACAGCUGUUAACAACGUUGUUACCUUAAACAAAGUUCUGAACAAUCAGCCCUAUAUCUAACUGACUUCUUGUACUUACAAUAAUUUGAUGAACACACAUUGACAAGAUGGCCUCUCUGUUCCUACAAACCUUUAAUGUACAAUGUAUAAGGCUUUGUUCGCUCAACGACCUUGCCCUUUGUAGACUGGCUAUUUAAGGUAUACGAUGUACAAUUACAUGCUUUUGAGAUGCCUGGUGACCAAAUAUUAUUUUGGUAUCAUUUGAAAUGGCUUUAUGAGCGAAGUAAGAUUUUGUGCCAAAAGAAGAUAAGAAAAUAAGACAAAUAUUAAUUUGGUAUCACUUGAAAGGGUUUUAUGAAUAUUGUGAUAAAAAGAUCUAAACAAUAUUGUAUAACAAAGAAGCUUUUUUGGCCAUAAAGGUUGCAAAAUAGCUUUGAUUUAAGUGAAAAUAAAGAAAAAUAUCUGCAAUUAAUUGAUCAAUACUGUUUUUUUUCAAUCAUUUUUAAGCAAAUAUCAACAUAUAUGGGGUUUCAAGGCAUCAAAGUUAAACAAUAUGGCUGAUGGCAUGUUUUUUAUGAAAAGCUUAUUUGUAUAUCCGACACCUUAUAUAAUCAUUUUGGUAAUUUAUUUUUGUGAAGAAAAAAUGUUAAAAAUCUUUUUAAAGGGGCAUAAUAUAGGUUUACACUUAAUGGAUGAUUUUUUGUUAUUAUUUCAUCUGUACACAACCAUAUGCUUUUUUGUUUUGAUCUUUUAAGUCGAAUGAGUUAAAAAUAGUAAUGCAUUAAAAAAUGUUUGCAUCUAUUAAGUGUAAACCUAUAUGUGUGCCCUUUUAAAGCUGUACAUAAAGAUGUAUAUAAUUGUUAUGAGGGUUUGUUACAUAUGGUAGAGUUUGUAUGAUGGACACUUACCGUGCCAAAUUUGGUUGAAAUUUGUCUGGAAAAAGAAAAUAUUUGGUGCUGUUUGAAGAGUUUUAUGUCAUUGCUGUAACUUUUAUGGUGUUAAGUUAUCAUGUUAACAGUAUAACUGUAUCUUGUUUAAAUGUUGUGAGGUUUUCAUGAAUGUCUGCAUAUCCAUCAGGACGCAAGUUUUAUACCAAGCUAAAUAUUACUUUACAUUUGUUUACCAAUGGCACACUACUCAUUUUCAUAAGUGCAUCCUUUGGGACUCCGUCAUUUAGUAUUGACCUAUUUGUUUUACAGCCACUGUGAAACAUGAAAUAAUAACCAUGCAUCCUGAUAAAGCUUCUUGAUGUGUCCAUCCACUUUCAUAGGUUUAAAGGUUAUUAGUUUUAAAAGGAAAAAAAAAUUUAAAGUGAAAAUUUUUAACUUGAAAUUUUCAAAAAAAAUUAACAACAAAUAUUUUAAAACCUCUCUAUUUCUCAUAAAAUUUAUUGAUAUUCAUUUAUUAGCUUGACCUUUUUCAUGCUUUAUUUUUCAUACUUUGGGUCUAAAAACAUUAUUAGUUUUCUCAAAAUUCCACUUUUUUGGCCCAGUUCAUUGAUUUUUUUCGCUAAGAUGCUCUUUGAAUAUGACCCAGGGGCUAAUAUAUUUCUGAGAGUCCCUAGCACAGCUAUGCACAUAGAUUAAUGAAAAACAAUGCCUUCUGCUGAUGCGCAUGUUGAAUAUUAACAAGUCCCUAGGAUUAAACAAUGCGUACAGGACUACCGAUGAAAAGUAAAAUGAAUUACUUUAAUGUUUUCGGACAAAGUAAUUGUGAAAAAAAGAUUUAACAAAAUUAAAGUCAUCUUCAGUAUAUGAUUUUUUAUUCAUGUUACAAACAUUGAAUUAUUUAUUAUAAACAUUUUAUUUGUUUAUUGUUGUUUAAUAGCCAUAAUAUUUAUGUAGUGUUUAUAUUUAGUUUAAAGUUGUGCAUUGGCUGUUGUGUCCAGUGAAAUGCUCACGCAACAACAUUUAUCACCUCAUGUUUUGAGAGUUCUGAGUACCAAGGUAUCCAACCAACAAAUGAAGCUUGUUCACUGAUAAUUCCAUUCACCUAAAUGUUGAAUUUCAAUGCCUGACAUACUCAUGUCCUUGAGUAUAAUUUUUUUAAUGAGUAUUAUCAAGCUAUAACAGACAAUUUUUGCUCUUAUUUCAACUGAAAGAAGACAAAAAAUGAUCUAUUUUUCAACCUUUGGAGGCCAAAAUAACCUGGUUUGAUAUACUGGUUUUAGCUUUAGUAUUUUUAUAACAUUUUAGUUUCCUUCAUACAAAAGCCUUUCAAAUGAUAUCAAAAUAAUAUUCAGUCAAAUGGCAUCCACAAUUAAGUUGUUUGUGGGUCAAAUACCUUAAGUUAAGUUUUAAUUUGUCUUCAUUUUGAAUCCUCGGCACUCCCAACAUUUUCCUAAUCUAUAUAAUAACAUAUAGGUUAUGAAUACGCUGCGAUGCUGAGGAUGCAGAUAAAGAUAAAAUUGAUGUUAUGUCGUAGCCUUGGUGUUGGCGCGGGUGAUGGCAUUGUGCGUAAACUUGGCCAUAAGUCUAAAAGACAUUCACGAAAACUUGAUACAUAUGAUCACUACCACACUAUGUACAGCAAAUGUGUAGCAAAUCCCAUAACUCUUACUUCAUUAAUUGAAUUAUUCCCCUUGAUUGACUGAAAAAAACUAAAAUAGACAAGUGCUUGCACCCAAAUGUGUUGCUCUUCUUUGAGGUAAUGUUGUUAUGCUGUUAUUAAGAUUUACAUUCUGAGAAUUAUCUAACACUAAAAUGUAUAAAGAUUAAGUUUUUCUUGCACUCACCAUGAAGUAUUGUACCUAUAUGAUGCAGAAUUAACGUUACAUGUAACAUUUGAAAGCAUUGUUUUAAUGCCAUGUCAUUCAGCAUCCAGUCGUAUAAAACUUGAUUAGGUUGUCCACAGGUUAUCUUUAUGCUAAUAUGCAUAUUUAAAUUAUUUGACUGGUUAAUGGUAAUGUUUGGAUAAAUAUUGACCAAUCAAAAACAUUUUGGCUAACUUAAGCCUAACAUAGAAUCUUUAUAUGCUAAUUUGCAUAUUUAAAUGAUUUGAUUGGUUAAUGGUAAUGUUUGGAUAAAUAUUGACCAAUCAAAAACAUUUUGGCUUACUUAAGCCAAGCAAAGAAUUUAUUCAGGUUAUCUUUAUGCCAAUUUGCAUAUUUAAAUGAUUUGAUUGGUUAAUUGUAAUGUUUGAAUAAAUAUUGACCAAUCAAAAACAUUUUGGCUUACUUAAGCCAAACCAAGAAGUUAAACAGUUUUAUACAGUCAGCUGCAGGUCAAUAUUAGGCGUAUUUAUCUUUAACUGCUGACAAUAAUUCAUGGCAUUUACAUAGCUCUGUAAGCACCCUGUAUUACAUAAUUAUUGCUUUUAAAAUAUUGGUGUAGUGGUAUCAUUGUCUGUCUCUCAGCCAAUUAAGGUUGUGGGUUUAAACCCCAUCAAGGGAACUUUCUCUGGCUCUCAAAAUGGACACCUGUACUUUGACCCAGGAAAUGGAUUCGAAAGCCAUAAUUCACAUCUGUCGAAAGAAUUGUUUUAACGGAAACGUUUAUUCCUUCAACUACGAUAUAUUCUGGCUUUUUACUGGCUUUUCCUGAUUUUUAUGGCAAUUUAAAAAGUACCGUAGUGUUCAUGUAAAUAGUUAGGAAUUAUCAUAUUUGUAAUAUUAACUGAACAUUUUAAGAGCAUCCAUUAUGCUGAUACAACAUCAAGAAAAAAUCAUUUUUUUUGUACAUACAUACGGUAAAUUGUAUAGUUCAUUUAUUUUUUUAAAAAUAUUAUAAAUAUUUUUCAUUUUUGUGUCUGUCGUUGGGUUGAUUGUGAACUUUGUUUAAGUCAACAACAUACCGUAAUUAACAACAUCUUUGUUAAUAUUUAAACGGGAAAUAUUUGAUAACGUGCACAUAUAUUUAAAUAUAUCAAGUACGGCUGAAACAGAUGUUUCAAAUCUUUUUAGAAAUACUGCAGAUCACAUGUGUGUCCAUUAAACUACCAGAGCAGUCAAGAUUUGAAAGUUAGCAAUGAUGACGUUAACAACUUUGUUAACUUUAACAAAGAUUUUAGAAUCAUGUUUUGAGAUAUCUAUUGAUAGGAGAUGAUCAUUGUAUUACUAUUUAUACAAUUAUAAAAAAGUAACAAUUUUAAUAGUUUUUUCACACCUUAUAUAAUACAUUGUAGUUACUCAGUAUAGAUACAUUUUAACUGAUGAUACACUUGGGGGAAAAAGAAACAUUGCUCCAGAAAAUUUUGGUGCAGUUUCUUUUUCUAUAAGUAUAGUUUAUUGAGAGUGUAAGAGUGAAGGGUGAUAUAACAUAGCUGUAUGCAGAGAUUUAAAGUCAAUUGAAUGUGCAAUAAUAGUGUGAAACACUGAUAAGGUCUUUUGCAAGAAUUGUACCUAAAUAUUCAGUUUGGAUUUUGGGAUUUUGAUUUUUACUUGUAUGUAAAAUAAUACAUUUUAUUCUGACUGGUACAUUUGAUUUUGACUGGAUAUAAUUAUUACUUAGUUAAGAUUAGAUUAUUACUUGGUUAAGAUUAUAAUUAUAACUUAUAUUAUGGGUUCUUACUUGUAUUAAGAUCUUAUUUUAUGUUUUUGAAAUUGUAUAUAAAUAUUAUUUAAUAACUUUUAUGAUUGGUGCAAAUUCAAAAUGAUUAUAUUUGUGUGUAUGGCAUUGUAAGUUUAAACAUAUUUAUUUAAAAUGAUUGUAAAACAAGUGAUUACAACAUUAUAUUAAUCACUCUUGUUACCACCUUGUUAUGCGAGAGUGUGAUCUUGUGUUAUGUGGGAAACUGGAAUCCCCGGAGGAAACCCACUUGUCUGCCUUGGUGACCACAAACUGAAUUCAAAUGUGCCCAGGCCGGGAAUUUAACCCGGGUCGCCUUAUUAGGGUGAGAAGCUCUAACCACUGCACUAACCGGACAAACUAUACACAUUUAACCCUUCAAAUGAUAUUAAAAUAAUACAGGGUCACAAGACAUUAACAUUUCACACUAUUGUCACCACUUAAUCUCCAGCUAGGCCUAAAUAGCAGGAUGGGGCACUCGCUGCCCUUUUCCAGCACCCUGAUGCCUUUUUACUACACACUACUGUGCCCUUUUUUUGCCAGAGUCAAUUUUCAAAAAUGAGAAUAAAAAUAUUAAUUUACAUAAUUUUGACUCUGAAGUAAAGAUAAUAGCUUUGGUAUUCUAUUAGUAUUGGAAGUAGUCACAACACAAUAUGAAUGUGACAAUAUAUGACCCUUGCAAGUACCCCAUUAAGGCUUAUUCAAUGGCCAUCAAACGUGCCCUUUCUGACCCAGCACUCUGCCCUUUUCAAAUUCUUGCCCGAGUUUUAGGUUGGUAUUCAAUGUUGAUCUUAAUUGGAUUUAAGAACGAUGUAGCUAAUCGGAUUUCUUGUUAUUAAUAACUGACCAAUAGAGUGAAUGAGGUCAAUGAUGUAUGCCCAUAAGGUUAACUUAAGUGAAUAUUGAAUACCACCCAUGAUUGCACAACGGACACUUUAAUGGGAUUAUGACAUUAUAAUACUUUGUGCUUUCCACUGUACUGACCUUGUUAAGGAUCAACAUUUAACCUCAUUUUCAAGCGAAACAGUUUUAUCAUUUUCAUUGGUAUUUAUAUAUAUAUGGACUAUUUUAUGUAUACAGAUUUAAACACUGAUGUUAGUGAUGACAUUUUUGUAUCGUUUAUGUAAAAAUAAACCUACGUGAAUGAAUUCA